GACGUAGUUUACACAACAAAUUGUAAAUAUGAGUAUCUCAUACACUGCGGAUCAACCGUUCAGUCAAGCAGUCAGUCGAAAAAGCUUGAUCGCGAGACGGUUAUCAGCUGCACAGCUUGUUAAAGUGUCAGGAUCCGUGGAACAAACGUUAUUGGAGAAACGAAUCACCGAUGCCUUCGACGUUUUCGACAAUGCUCGGAGCCAUGAAGUUGAUGUACGAGAACUCGGAACCAUUAUUCGAUCUUUGGGUUGCGUUAUAUCUGAAGCAGAACUACAAGAGAUUCAGGUCCAAGUGGAAGACGUGGAAAACAAUUGCGUCACACAAGAGCGAUUCGUCGCUUAUAUGUCGAAAGCGAUAAUGGAACAAAAGUAUAAACCUGCUGAACCAGAGGAUUUGUUGCAAGCGUUUCAGCUUCUGGAUCCCGAAAAUCGUGGAUACGUGACACGAGCGGACCUCGAGAAAGCAAUGAUGGAAAUCGGUGAGCCCUUCACCGAAGAAGAGAUCGAAGAGAUGAUGUCCGUAGCCUGCGAUCCUCAAUCGGGCAAAAUCAAUUACGAGCACUACAUUAAUCUCUUGAUCGUUGAAUGAACAGGCGACACUCACUAUGUGAUCGAGUCCUUCUUGCACUGUGUGAUCUCGCGAGUAAACCAUACUCAAUUUCGUGCCUUGAAUCGCCACUGGACUCUUUUUCGCUAUUCCCUCAGCGAUUAUGA